ACAAGAGCCAGAGGAGAGUUUUCAGGUCAGCGCAGGAGAGAACUUAGGGGACUUCUGAAUUUUGCUCUCCUGUUCUGCAGUUUUGACUCCGCGUAAGUGUUUGUUUGCUUUUAAAUUUUGCCUUGUGGUUCAGAAGACUCUCAGCAUCACCUCCGGAUUUUGCGCGAUGAAGAGGAGCCUCCGGGUGGUGCAGGUCCUCCACUGGGCGGUGAUGCUGGCUUUGGUUCAGUGCGGCGCGCUCGGUGCGCGGAGGUUCCGCGGAGGUCGAAACCCGCAGCCGCGGCGAGCGCUGCCCUCUGCUCAUUACCGGGACCGCGGAGAAACCACCGAGAGCUUCUCACUGGAUUUCACAGCCGUGGAGGAAAACAUGGACAACUUCAUGACUCAGGUGAAGAACCUGGCGCAGUCCCUCUACCCCUGCUCGGCCCAGAAGCUCGACUAUGACAUGAAGUUACACUUUCUGGAGAAUACAUCGGUCACCUGUAAUGAUGGGACUCCUGCGGGGUACUACCUGAAGGAGUCCAAAGGAAGCAAAAGAUGGUUAAUAUUUCUUGAGGGUGGCUGGUACUGCUUCAACAAAGAGAACUGCGACAGCAGAUACGAGACUAUGAGGAGACUCAUGAGCUCCUCCAAAUGGCCACAAACCAAGACAGGCACAGGAAUGCUGUCUUCACUCCCAGAGGAAAACCCACACUGGUGGAACGCCAACAUGGUCUUCAUCCCUUAUUGCUCAAGUGAUGUGUGGAGUGGAGCCUCACCAAAAACGGAUCAAAAUGACUACGCUUUCAUGGGUUCGCUGAUUAUAAAGGAGGUCGUGAAGGAUCUGCUUUCCAAAGGUCUGGAUAAUGCAAAGAUCCUGCUGUUAGCUGGAAGCAGUGCGGGCGGCACCGGGGUCUUGCUGAACGUGGACUCGGUGUCAGAGCUUCUGGAAGAGCUGGGCCACACCAACAUCCAGGUCAGGGGUCUGUCCGACUCAGGCUGGUUUUUGGACAACAAGCAGUACAGAUGCACUGACUGUGUGGACACCAUCAACUGCGCCCCUACCGAGGUCAUCAAGAGAGGAAUCAAAUAUUGGGGUGGUGUGGUUCCUGAGCGAUGCAGACAGGCUUAUGAAGGAAAAGAGUGGAACUGCUUCUUUGGAUAUAAGGUUUAUCCUACCAUCAAACGACCUGUGUUUAUCGUGCAGUGGCUGUUCGAUGAGGCUCAGCUCACGGUGGACAACAUCCAUCUGACAGGUCAGCCUGUGCAGGAAGGACAGUGGCGCUACAUUCAGAAUUUAGGGACUGAGCUGAGGAACACUCUGAAGGACGUCCCUGCCAUGUUUGCUCCAGCUUGCCUCUCACAUGAAUUCAUCACAAGAAACUACUGGACCGAUGUUCAAGUCAAAGGCACGUCUUUACCGCGAGCGCUGCACUGCUGGGACCGCAGUCUACAAGACACCAGCAGAAAUAACAAAUCGCCCCCCAAAGGCUGUCCCGUGCACUUGAUCGACAGCUGCCCGUGGCCUCACUGCAACCCCACGUGCCCAACCAUCCGGGAUCAAUCCACAGGGCAGGAGAUGAACGUCAUCCAGUUCCUCAUGCACAUGGGCUUCGAUGUCCAGAAGAUGGCCCACCAGCAGGGAAUGGACCCGAGUAAACUCCUGGGCAUGCUCAGCAGUGGCAGCUAAGCACCAUGGAGGGACUUGCUCCAAUUUGGGGCUUCCCUUCAGUCCAUUUGAUACCUCCGACCCUUAAACCCUCCUCAGCUUUGACCUCAGGCUGAGUCCCGCCUUCAGUCGAUGCUCUGUCCAACUCUCUACGGGCAUCCAUCUCCUCAUCCAUGAUCAGUUUAACAGUCCAGAUGGCAUCCAUUUUGCUCCAGUGUGUAUAUAGGUAUUACCCGUGCAGAUCAUUAUCAGUUUGGAGAUGGCCGAGAUGCCUUGAUUAGAGAUUUGGAACGGAGCCGCUCCCAGAUCCACCUUAGUUGAACCAUGGGCUGCUGACUGUUCAAACGCAGUACAGGCGAAAGUACUGAACAACAUGUAACCGGGACAAGGUACAACUACAUCUUUGCUCUUAAUUAUCUUUUGGUUAUAAAAGUAUCACGAAUGUAAUCCAGUUUUACGGAUCUUCAGCAUUGUUAUUGAUGUAUUUGUUUGCUUUGUGGUUUAUGAUCUUAUCUUUUUUUAAAUUCAAUAUAUUAAGCUGCAGAUUAUUCGAUUUUUAUGUCUGUUCCGAGAAAGAAAUCCAGAGAGAGAGAGUGUUAAGAGUUUAUGAAGUACAUGUAAAAUAUAUGGAUCAACACAGGACUAUAUAAGAUCAUAUAAACAGGAGCUUCACAUCUGAAAUGCACUGGAUCACUGGCUUUAAAGCCAACAUCAUGCUUGAGGUGUUGCUAAUGCUGGGUUCAGACUACACACAGCAGACGGAUUUUGGCUAGAUACAAAAUCCAAGAUACACAUCGAGCAUUGUGGUGAUUCAUGAACAACAACAGGCAUUGGGAUAGAAAUAUAUAGUUUGUCAUAGAGGACAACGACCAACAUCAAAUCAUCAUGGCAUCCUGACAGAGAGACAAACUGUGUUUGUAUUUGCUUUGGUUUCCUACAAUGGGGAAAUAGCCAAAAAAUUCCAUGAAACGAUCAAUAGGAGCACAGAAGUUCCUAGGAUAUAGCAUUCAAACACAGCUAAACAAAAGACAGAUGAUGAAAUUGGUGCAGCUAGGUUUAAAUAUGCACAGAUUUGUAGGGCUAUAGUGAGGAUUUCCCAGCAUGUGCUCUUUCAGAAAUAAAGGUACAAAAACUGCCACUGGGGUGGCAUCCUUUCGAAAGCCACACAUUUUUCUACUUACAGCAUACAUAAUUGUAUCUAAUUGAUUCAUACUACCCUACAAAGUCAAAGUGCAGCAACUACAGAAACACUAAAGCUGAGAAAAAGGCCUUUAAAAUGUUUUACACCAGCCAGAUAAACAUGUUGCUGUGAAUAUCAGUGAUUUUGUUUCUCUUACAGCACUAAAUUGACUGUGUCAGAAGGCCUUAACUCAGUUUUGACCAAAUGUGUAGUUACAACUCUUUGCCUUUGAACACCAACGUAUUAUACUUUAAAUGUACAUAUAUGUACUUAACUCAUUAACAGGCAUCGUACUUGCCUGGGUGACCUUUUGUCCAUAGGUUAUCAUUAAAAACAAGUACUUUUAUUUCUGAGAGAUUAUAAUGUGUAUCUUAAAGUGUCUCAAGAAGAAUUUGGGAGUCAAAAUCUCUGAAUCUGACACAGUGACUAUUGUAAAAUAGAAGAAUAAUAUUGUGUAGUCUGAACCUGACAUUAACCCAACCUUGUUAAUGAAGUAUCGCUAACUUAUUUAAUGCUAAAAUGUGUCAUCAUAAUAAUAAUUCUGUCAUCCUCAUUUUUAUAAUGCCAUUCUAAACCUGAACUAUUUAUUUUAAUCAGUAAACUCUAACUUUUGAAGAAUGCCCAAGCUUCUGUUUUUGUGUAUGGUCAUUUAUACUUGCAAAAGACAAAAAAUUAAAGUGUGAUAGUAGACUAAACAUUAUUUUUGAGACAUUCAGAUGCUCUACUGGUACUCCAUAGCUCUCAUUCUCAGUUGUGGUCAAUUAAAGAUGCAACAAUCUUUGGAGCCAAUGAGGUGAUGUGCAUGAAACAUUUUAAGCCAUUUGGUACUUAUGACUAGUUUCCACUGAUCAGUGCAUUUUACUAGGGUACAGUAUGCCUUUUUUUCCAUUUCCACUGUCAAAAGUACCAAAAUAGAGAACUGUACAGUCCCACCUUCUGGGAAACCUCUUGUGAGGGUGCCUAGAACAACAUUAUGGUACCAAAAGAGUGGAGCUAGACUCAGUGCUGAACACUAUUGAAUUACAAAGAAGCGUCACUUCUGCAUGGAACAAGACAAGCGAAAGACAAGCCUCAUCAGAGUGACCUGUACCGAACCGUCAUUAUGGUUCCUUUCCAUUGAGCAUUAUGGUUCAGUAAAGUACAGUAUGCAUUUAUUUCCAGUUCCUUUGUGAAAAGUACCAAAACAGACACUUUUUUUGAGAUCCUUUAGUAAGGGUACCUAGCACAACAGUACAGUACAAAAAGGUUGAUGGCUUGCGGCAAUGAAUCAUGGUCCACUUGAGCUCAAUCAAAACUUUUCUCUUCUUGUGACAAACAGCCACAUGCCAAGAGUAUUUGGAUAUCUUAUUUGAGCCAGAAUGGAGUCGAUCUCAACUUUCUGACAUAAAAAAUGCCUACUGAGUAAAAGCCAAUUUCUUUUUUUGCUUCUAGUCUCAGCUAUAGGUCUGCCUUCACACAAUUGCAAACUCUUCGCCAAACCCAGACACAAACCUCUCAAAAAUGGUACACAAGAGCACAAGAUCUGUGAUUUCAUAGUGGUAGUGGUAACAAGUAUGGGCAGGUCAAGUCGUGGUAGUGGAACAAGUCUGAGAUCACAUCAUUCAAUCAUUCAGAGAGAAAUUCCUAUAAAUAAUCAGAAUAUCCUACCUUCCAUUCUUGAAUCUCGAUUCAGCAUCCCUACGCCACUCAGACUCCGUACCUCUAAAAGAUUACUUCUCUUGCCCAGGGAAGAACAGGGGAAACUUUCUAAGAGCGUGCUCAACAUUGAGCUUGGACCUCCUUUCUAGACAACUGGUUCCCGAUUCCAGUCCUCAGGAGCCCCCGAGCUGCACAUUUUGUAUGUCUUUCUUACUUAACACACCUGAUUCAGAUCAUCAGUUCGCUACAGAGAUCCAUGAACUGAUCCUUGUGUGUCAAAUAAGAGAGACAUACAAAAUCUGCCUGGCGGAGGAUCUCGAGGACCGGAAUUGGAAACCACUAUUCUGGACAAAGUGGAUCGAGCUUGGGAGUCUUUUCAAAUGCAGAGGCCUCUCCUCAGACUGCACACCAGAAUAUGACUUUUUUUUCCUUAAAUCUGCGGGUUUCAACUUGUGAAAGAAUUAUUGCAAUGUAACACAGACAGAAUGCAGAAGUAUGCUUACAAUUGGCUACAUCAGGGUGCCACAACUCCUAGAGGACUGAUAUCCUGCAAAGUUUAGUUCCCACCCCAAAUAGACACACAUGGGCUAGCUAAUUAAGCUCUGACUAAGCUGUCUAGAAACAUUUGUGCAGAUGUGUUAAGGCAAGUUGGAGCUAAAUACUGCAUGAAACUGGCCCUCCAAGACAGAGUUUGGGCAAUCAUGGGCUACAUGCAAGGUAAUCAUCAUAAGGUAUGGUGAUCACUUGAUGCAGAAGUGUAAAUCAUUCUUAUGGGUACAAUUGGCAGUGGAAAGGCAAGGCUGAUCUGGGUGACCUUUACCGAAUUGUAUUGUCCUAAACUGAACUGUACUGCUUAGUGGAAACAAGACAUUAAAGUCACAAUGCAGAGCAUAGGCCAGAGGUGCUCAACUCUGUUCUUGGAGAUCUACCCUCCUGCAGAGUUCUGCUGCAACUCGAAUUAAACAUCCCUUUCUUUAAUCACCAAGCGCUCCUUCAGACCCUACUUAGUUGCUUUAGUUGUGUGUGAUCAGAAUUGGAGCUAAACUCUUCAUGAAAGUAGAUCUCCAGGCUUGAGCCCCCUGGCAUAGACCAGUGUUUCUAAACCAUGUUCCUGAAGGACCAACAACACUUCAUCUAGGUAAAGGCCUUUUACCUUUAGUGUACCUUUUCGAUGUCUUCUUUGUCGGUCACACCCAUUACAGCUCUUUCAAUCUCUGCUAAUGAUCUGAAUCAGGUGUGUUUGGCUAAGGAGACAUGAAAAACGUGCAGAGCUGGUGGUCCUCCAGGAAGGUGGUUGAGAAAUGCUGGCAUAGAGUGAUCAAGAUGGAAGAAGUCCUAUGGACCUUCAGGUUCCCUUUUGGAGCAGUAUAAGUGAAGUUUCAUAAACUAAUUUCGAGAGGAGCACGUGAUAUGAUUGAGCACGACUGGCCGCUCAUCUGUAGUCAGUAAUAAUCCAAUCAGAGUAAUCCUAGUUUACUAUAAAUGGAUCAUUUUCUUCCUACUGCUCUAUCUUCAUUUGGAAGAAUCCCCCCUUCCACCCCAUCUCCUCCUUUUCCUCCCCUUUUUAAAGGGGGAGCUCUCGAGACCUACCUGAUCUCGGAUCUCCUGAUAUGCUUAUUGACUAGGGCGGGAGCCCUGGGCUCAAAUAUCUCCGAGCUCAGGGUUCUCUCCCGGGACAGCAUGCCAAACGCCAAGCAUAUCUAAGUGGGAACUCUUGAAAUCCACUUAUGAUGAAAACAGAUGAUUGGACAGGGUUGAAAAAUGUUAAAUUACAUGAAGGUGAGUAAAUGAUGCCAGAACUAAUUGUAUACAUAUAAAACACUAUGCUAAAUGCUAAUUCCCCUUCGUCACAUUCCAUGCACACAAUAUCCUGAUAUGACCCUGCAACUCAGGUUAGGUUGUACCUUUUUGGUGUACCUUCAGUUGAACUCGUUCACUUUGUCUAAAAGGGUAAUUCACUCAAAUUCAACUGUGUAGAAAGCUCGGAGCAUGUUUCUCUCAGUAACACAAUGGUAAAAUAAGCAACACUGUAUGAGUGAAAUUCCACUUCACGUAAUAAACUAUUGUACUGACAUGAAAGUAAGGCAAGGAUUGAAAGCAGGAUGAUAUUAUCAAUGCAAAUUCAGACUCGAUUGGGAGUUGGUUAUUGUGUUUUUCAUAAUUGUAUAGGUUUAACAGCUCACUCUUUUGAGGGUACUUUUGUCAAAUGAAGACUCUAGACUGUUCAAAUAUUUAAUAGAAAAUUACUUCUUAAUAUAAGUUGUAUGUAGCGGUUUUAUGAAUAUUAAAAAAAUCAUUAAAAGAUAACCAAAAGAAAAGAAAACAACAGAGAUGUGAAGGUAUUACUAAUUACUAUUUUGUUGUGUAACAUACUUUUUUAACAGAAAACUCAAUCUACAUUGCAUAUUUAUUGUUAUGUAAAUCAUAUUUAUAAUGCUAUUUUCACAGAGAAGUGAUUCUUUGUACAUUGUAAAUAAUUCUGUUUAAUUUCUUGUGUUGAUUGCAUGUCUGUGUCCCUGAGAGAACACAUUACAGUUAUUCCAAAGAAAUUUCCAGUCCUGCUUUUUCAUUUAAUGACAUAUUUAAUCUCCAAAGCUCCAGUAUUCUUCCUCAGCAUAUCAUGUUUAUUUAGAGUGCUUUAGAGUGAAUUGAUUUAAAUUCUGAUUGGACAGGUUACGUUACACCUUUUGAUCUCACUAUUCUUUAU